AUCACCUUUUCGCGUGCACCUUUUCUUGGAGUAUCCUACACAUCCCUAUGUACGAUAUCAAAAGCGAACAUUACACAAGACGUGACAAACGUCUCAUGUAACGUGCUACUGCUGUUGUUGCUACUCCUAUUACUACUAUUACCGCUACUACCACCAUGUAGCUGGGGUAUGACUAUACUUUGACGUCGAAACCGGCAGGACGUCACAAGCUUCACCGGAAAAAUCAAUAAAUUCAACGGUCCCCAUUUCGGCCGUGAAUCGCAUUGCAGAGCGUGUGCCGUCUACGUAUUCUUCCGCUGCAGAAUUCACGAAUGCGCGGUGCAAUCGUCGUCGUCGCCGUCGUUCGCGUGCCACCGCGUUACGCGUUCUAACCACUUUAAACUGUUCGUCUGUAUGUGUGUAAUUGAACUCCAGUCACAUAAUGCGCGCGAAGAUAUGCCAGGAGGUUGCGGGGUCCAAACACGUCUUGCUCUCAUACAUAUACAUAUAUACUCACAUACGUAUAGCCACACACGUGACUUACACAUACGCACUACUACGCUACACCACACGUAUACAUACAUAUAUACAUAUCAAUACACGGAUUUAGCGACAAAACGAACGGUAAUUGAUAGUCUGCUGAACGUUUCUCGUUGUAUCGUCACACAGAUAUAUCCGCGUAAAAGUAAGACAAGUGUGUGAGGGAGGUACUUAACGUUGCCUAUUUAGAUGUAUAGUGGGAUCAACACAGUGUGUACAUGUAUGUAUAUCAGAAACGAGUGACAAUCAAAACGUAUGUGGACGUAAAAAUUGUCAUGACUAUAUGUGCGUUAAAAAUAGAGAGAUUCUAACAAAAUUUAAUAUCGCGAUGAGACUUUGUAUUUUGCGUUACUGGAAUAUCUAAAGAAUAUAUAAAAGAAAUAUAUAUCACAUCGCAUUGUUACAUCUUCGUAAAUAUAUAUAUAUAUAUAUAUAUAUAUAUAUAUAUAUAUAUAUAUAAUAUUUCUUUUUAGUAUCGCGUAACAUCGCGAGAAAGGAAAAAGAAAUCUGCAGAUUAAUACAGCGACCGUUAAUCAAACUAUCUAACAAAAGCGUGCUGAGACAAAAUUAUUCUAUCACUUGUGAAAGUAUUACUUUUCUGAAAACAGUGUCACGUAUAUAUACAAACGUACAAUAAAUAUUUACGUUGAAGGGAACAAUAAUCUCUUUGUGAUUCAUUUGCACGCAUCCUUUAAUCCUCGUUCAAGCAACUCUCUCCCUCUCUGUCGAUUAUCAGUGUAGAUAACAUAUUUUUGUUUCCCCAUGUGUAUGUGUAUGUGUGAAUACCAGUUUCUAAUUAAUUCGUACGUUAUCGUCCCGCUGUUGCGGUGCGACAAUCUACGAUUGACAUAACAUAUCUCCAAUGUUAGGCUCAUUGCUAUGGCAACGUAAAUCUUAGGACCUUCAACGAAGCUUCGUGCGUCAUCACCUGUGACGAUAUGCUGAGUAAUUUGAUGGAAAGUGCGACGAACCGAACCUCAUCGGCAGAUAGACAUAAUAAUUACGAACUUUUUUUUUAUAUAGAACAAGUAUCGUUGCCAUGUGACUUUCUGUCUUGCUGUGACAAAACUUAACAAAAAUAAGUCAACGACAGUUAACUUAAAGUUAACGAAAAGUUUAAUAAUCAAAUUUAACAUCUUUCGCGUUUCUUAUCCAAUAUGAGUAUGACGUAUGUGUGAGUGCAUGUGUUUGUGUAACAGCUUCAAAAUUAUAAAAUAAAAAUGCUGAUAAUGUAAAUAUAAAAACUCCAUUACGCAAUGAAUACGCAACACACACGCAAGAAGAGCAGCGUUAAAGAGGACAAGGAACAGGAUGAACGUGAUGAAAAAGUUCAAAGUAUUGAUAAACCCGAAUCACGUGCAAAGCCAAUAAAACGAAGCAAUGAAUUCGAACAACCGCGUAGAAAAUCUCACAAGAAACAUUGCGACUGGAUAAAAUCGAAGUACGAUACGUAUUGCUCGAAUAUCAAGUUCUUAAAGGAUAACGGCGAGCAUCGGAAAACCUUAAGAAAUUACGUAACGGAUAAAUCGAGUGUUCUCGACUUUUCGCAAGAAUGCGAAGUUUCAUCGAGGAGCGUCGCUGCGCUAAAGAGAAAAGAUGGGAUCGCACCCCUGAGAGAGAAUUAUUAUGCAUCGCUGCUACAGCAGAGAGCGAAUUUUCGAAUGCAUCUGAUCGGAAAGAUCAAAGGAUUGGAAAGAUACGACGUAAGUCUGCUCAAGGAUGAGACUGAAAUGCAUGACGACGAGGCGGAAAAACUGACGGCCCCAGAAAGCGAGGAUAUGAUCGACAAAUGGCUCACCGAAGAAGACAAGAAUCUCUUGAGAUAUUAUUAUUAUAUUCUUCAUGACGUCGACGAUACUGUCGCGGGCACUUUGGAUUCUGAUACGUCGAAAAGAAUAACGGCCACGGUGUCCCCCGAGUGGCAAAAGCGACACGAAGAGUGCUUCGCUCGACUGAUUCAGGAAAUAAAACGCGACUACGUAACGAGCAUGAAAAAAUCCAUCGUCGACUUCACCCUCCAGGAACCCUUCGAAGAGGCGUAUGCACUUUGCGCCCCGCCGAUGCUCUCUCGAAGAACCGCCGAGUCAUUCUCGCCGGAGCACAGCGUUAAAUAUCGCAGAAUGAAAGCGAAGUUGGAGAAAAGAUCGAUUAUCCUGUACCAUCCGUGCAUACGCAAGAUUUUGGAUUAUUGGUAUCGUGAAUACGGAAACAUCAAGCAAGUGGACAAACGAGAGCUGGCGUCGCACGGACAACCGUACGAUCUUCCAAGUUUCGAAUAUAAAUUUUCGAGGAUGCUCAGAAGCACGAACGACAAAGUUCUCCAGCAGUGGCUGUCGAAGAUCUGCGAUAUUUUAGUAGCAGCCUCGAAGAGGAGAAAUUUGCCAGCGACGACCGAUUUCCGAUACAAGAGAUUCUUUAAUUGCCUCGCUUACGUCAUGGAGGAUCAAUUGCGGGAUUUGUGUUUGCGUUCGAUGGAGGACUACAUCGAUUACCUCACUGACUUGGGUCGCACAAACUGUGGCUUUAACAUCGACGUUGUGGUGAAGAGCAUGUCCGUCACAUUUGAACCGACAUUUCAAGCGUUCGUGGGUACACUCUCGAUGCUGUUGAAUUCCCUCUACGACUCUGUGACUACAUUGCCACGCGCGGAGGUGAAACUGGAGUUGGUUCCUGGGUUUCAGCCCGAUGUUCAUUCGGCCGAAUUGCUCAAGCCGACGAUUUCCGCGGACAUCCUCGAGCAACACACGAACACCAUAUCAAAUUUAAUCGAGCGCUACCGAACCGAUGCGGAAUUGCAGCUGCGCGAGUUCGAUAAAUAUCUGGGUCUGAUAGGAAACGAGGAUGCAAAUAAUGUUCUAAACUUUUUGAAGGCUGAGCCACCCAACCCGUUCGAGAAGUACCGCGAAUUCAUCGAUUAUUAUGACCAAUUAAGUAAGAAUGUCCUGAUGGAAUUUCACCAAACGAUUUGCACCGAUCUCUUCGUAGUUCGUCGGCAGCAUAUUAUAGAGCACAUUUCUACUACGGCCACUCACCUCAAAGGCGAAUUAGUUUUAAGAAUGAUUGCCGAUUAUCAGCAAAUGGUCCGAGCCAUAGGAGAUGAGUACCAAAAUAUUGCGGACCAGGCGUUAAGUACACCGCCCAACACAUCAGAACUCAUGAAACUUCAGGAAUUUAUACGUAAAUCUGAGACCAAAACUAUUUUCGAAUUGGAGGGUAAGCUGAGGGAGGUAAUGAAGUACAUACUAUUUUUAUCGGACUAUGUACACUUGACGCCAGUCGAGAUGAAGAACAACAAUUUCGCUUUUCACUGGCCCUUUAAAAUGUCUGGAAUCUUUGAGGAGCACCAGAAGAUAGUCGAGAGUAAAACAGCGGAGUAUCAGGCAUUACUCAAAGUCAGAAUCGAGAAAUUCGAACAGGAUCUCGAGAUUUAUGCAAAGCACUGCGACGAGUUGCAAUAUUGGGGCAACAUUGAAGAGAUACGACGAUACAAGAAGAAGGCAAUGAAUCUCGACAACAAGUUGAUCGCCGCCAUGGACAGGAUCGACGAAUUUAACGAAGAAGAGAGAUUGUUCGGCUGGGAGUUAUCGCAGUAUCCUGUGAGGAAAAAGGUGGCCGAUAAAUUGCUACCCUAUAAAAAACUCUAUGACACUGCCUGCGAGUUCAUGAGCAAUCACGAGACGUGGACGGAAGCAGUCGUGGGCAUGCACGAUCCCGAAGUGAUCGACACGGAAACCAAUAACGCGUAUCGCAUCGUGUACAAGCUAGAGAAGACUUUCCAGGAGCCUAUAGUGAGAAAGCUGGCGGAGGUCGUGAGGACGAACAUGGAGGAGUUCAAAGAGCACAUGCCGGUGAUAUUGACUCUUGGUAAUCCUAACCUGAAGAGUCGCCAUUGGGAGCAAAUCUCGGAAAUUGUCGGGUUUCCCAUAAUAGUCGAUCAAUACAUGACGUUGGCCAAGAUUCUCGACUACGGUCUAGGGGAUUAUGUGGUGAAAUUCGAGAGUAUAUCUGAGGCGGCCAGCAAAGAGGGCAAUUUGGAAAAAUCGUUGUACAAGAUGUUCUCCGACUGGACGGAUAUCGCAUUCACCGUCAACUCGUACCGCGACACCGGCACGUACGUUAUCGCCAGUGUGGAUGAGAUACAGCUGUUGCUCGACGACCACCUGAUGAAAACGCAGACUAUGAAAAAUUCCCUCUACAUCAAGCCGUUCGAGAAGGAAACCUUAGAAUGGGAAACCAAGCUACUCUUGCUGCAAGACAUCAUGGAUUACUGGCUGAAAGUUCAAGGAACGUGGAUGUAUCUUGAGCCGAUUUUCUCGUCACCCGACAUCCAACAACAGAUGCCGGAGGAGAGUCGACGAUUCAGCGCCGUAGAUAAAAUUUGGCGAGAAAUCAUGGCGAUCGUUGCAGUCAACCCGGCGGUCAUGUUCGUCGUCGAGAUUGAGAAGAUGCUGGAACGUUUGAAGAAAUGCACGAAUUUGCUGGACUUGGUGCAGAAGGGGCUCGCAACAUACUUGGAGAAGAAGAGACUUUACUUCCCGCGUUUCUUCUUCCUUUCUAAUGACGAACUCUUGGAGAUAUUGUCCGAGACAAAGGACCCGACGCGGGUGCAGCCGCAUCUUAAAAAGUGUUUCGAGGGCAUCGCGAGAUUAACCUUCACCGAUGACAUGGAAGCCAUAGCUAUGAUAUCAUCCGAAGGGGAGGAGAUUAUUCUCGAAGAUGUGAUCGACACGACUGCCGCGCGAGGACAAGUGGAGAAGUGGCUCCUCGAGCUUGAGAUCGACAUGAAGAAAAGUGUGAAGGCUCAGGUGAUACACGCAAAAGACGCUUUCCCGACUAAAUCCAGGAGUCAAUGGGCCUUGGAUUGGCCGGGUCAGACUAUUCUCUGCAUCAGCAAGAUGUACUGGACGGCACAUAUUACUCACAAGUUCUCAGAGGGCAUCGAAAGCUUAAAAGAUUACGUAGAAACGUGCACUCACGAGCUCAAUGAGAUCGUCAAGCUCGUCCGCGGCAGAUUAUCGAAACAGAAUCGCACGACUCUAGAAGCUUUAGUGACGUUGGACGUUCACAGCCGCGACGUGUUGGCGCAAAUGUCCGAACAAGGUGUGACUCAAGCAUCGGACUUCAAGUGGCUUUGUCAAAUGAGAUAUUACUGGAUGAACAACGAUCUGCUAACAAUGAUGAUAAAUUCCACGCUAAGCUACGCGUACGAGUACUUGGGUAAUACGUCGCGAUUAGUGAUAACUCCGCUCACCGAUCGAUGCUAUCGCACCCUGUUCGGUGCUCUCAGCUUACACCUGGGUGGUGCGCCGGAAGGACCCGCCGGGACAGGUAAAACGGAAACUACUAAGGAUCUAGCAAAAGCGGUCGCCAAGCAAUGCGUCGUGUUCAAUUGCUCGGAGGGAUUGGACUACAUCGCUCUAGGAAAAUUUUUCAAGGGAUUAGCGAGCACAGGCGCGUGGUCCUGCUUCGAUGAAUUCAACCGCAUCGACCUUGAAGUCCUGUCGGUCGUGGCGCAACAAAUCUUGACCAUUCAGCGGGCCAUAAACGCGGAGCAGAAAACCCUGAUUUUCGAGGGUACAGAACUAAAUCUGGAUCGCACGUGUGCGGUAUUUAUCACGAUGAAUCCGGGAUACGCUGGCAGAUCGGAAUUACCGGACAAUCUAAAAGCUCUGUUUCGUCCAGUAGCGAUGAUGGUGAGAGCCGGCAAGAAUACACUACAUAAUUUUCUCCGCGCUCGUGUCUCUCCUUAUUCAUACACUCGACAGGUACCGGAUUACGCCCUGAUAGCGGAGAACACGCUGUACUCGUACGGAUUCUACAACGCGAGACCCUUAUCGGUGAAGAUAGUCAUGGCUUACAAGUUAUGCUCGGAGCAACUGUCCAGCCAGAAUCACUAUGACUACGGCAUGCGAGCGGUAAAAUCCGUCCUGAUAGCAGCGGGAAACCUGAAGCUGAAAUAUCCGGAAGAAAACGAGGAUAUCUUGAUUUUGCGCAGCAUCACCGACGUGAACCUGCCCAAAUUUCUCAACGAAGAUGUACCUUUGUUUCGCGGUAUCACUUCAGACCUGUUUCCGAACGUGGUACUCCCAGAACCUGACUACGAGCACUUAAACGCGAGCGCGUACCAAGCCUGCGCUGCUGCGAACAUCCAAUGCGUCCCCGUAUUCCUCGAGAAGAUCCAACAGAUUUACGAGAUGAUGUUGGUCAGGCAUGGAUUCAUGAUUGUCGGGCAUCCCUUCGGCGGCAAAACAACGGCCUACAAGAUGUUGGCCGAUAUAUUGGAGAUUUGCGAGGAAAAAAACUUGAUGAACGAGCAUAAAGUGGAGAUGACGAUCAUCAAUCCGAAGGCGAUAACGCUAGGACAGUUGUACGGGAAUUUCGAUCCAGCGUCUCAUGAAUGGCAGGAUGGUAUCCUGGCUGUUAGCUAUCGAGCUUUCGCAACUUCUACAAACGAGAACCGAAAGUGGCUGAUCUUCGACGGUCCAAUUGACGCGAUAUGGAUAGAAAGCAUGAACACUGUCCUCGACGACAAUAAGAAGCUCUGCCUGAUGAGCGGUGAAAUCAUCCAGCUGGCACCAACGACCAACCUGAUCUUCGAACCAUUGGACCUGGAAGCUGCCUCGCCAGCCACAGUAUCACGUUGCGGGAUGAUUUAUAUGGAACCUACAUCGUUGGGAUGGGAGCCCCUGUUGAAAUCCUGGAUAGCAACAUUGCCGGAGGUAGUGGAUGAGUGGCUGCGAACUUUCCUGUACGAAUCGCUCUUCCUCCGGUUUUGUAAACCACUUUUCCACCUGUUGCGUCGGUGUAACGUAAAGGAAUUGUGCCCUAUGCCCGAUUCGAAUCUCCUACGAUCCGUCACUUAUCUAAUGGACUGCUUUAUGGACGAUUAUUAUGAUGAAGAAAUCGCAAAGAAAAUAAGCGAGCUCGAUCUUCGAGCACAGAUAGAGGGCUCGUUCUUUUUCUCGUGCAUCUGGGCGAUGGGAGGCACUCUGGAAGCCAAGUACCGAGAACAAUUUAGCAUCAUGUUUCGUGGUCUCCUGGAAAAAGAGUUCCCGAUUGCUCUGAUGAACGAAUUCCAAAUGAAAGAACCCGUACCAGCGCCUCUGAAGCCAUAUAUCUUCGUUAUGCCGAAGCAUCAAUUGGUGUUUGAUUACAGAUUUCUUAAGGAGGGCAAAGGAAAGUGGAAGUUAUGGUCCGACGAACUGAUGAACACACCGCCGAUACCCCGCGACAUCCCCGUGAAUCAAAUAAUUGUACCGACCGUGGAGACAGUACGGUACACGACGCUUUUCCAGAUGCUGGUCCAGCACGAGAAGCCGGUGCUCUUCGUAGGCCCGACCGGUACUGGAAAAUCCGUGUACAUAAUCGAUUUUCUGCUGAAGAAGAAUAACGCCGCGGUGAACAAGCCGCUGCUGAUCAAUUUCUCCGCGCAAACUACCGCCAAUCAAACCCAAGACAUUAUUAUGAGCAAAUUAGAUCGCAGACGCAAAGGCGUGUUUGGACCACCCAUAGGUAAACGCUGGGUCAUCUUCGUCGACGACGUUUCGAUGCCGAUGAAGGAAACAUACGGAGCGCAGCCGCCGAUCGAAUUAUUACGGCAAUGGUUGGAUCAUUGGCAAUGGUACGAUAGAAAAGAAGCAACAAUAAUAAAGUUAAUCGAGAUUCAAUUGAUGUGUGCCAUGGCACCGCCGAUUGCCGGUGGCAAGGAUGUUACGCCACGUUUCAAACGGCACUUCUUCGCUCUGGCAAUAUCGGAAUUCGAGGACGAUGUCAUGAUUACGAUAUUCAGCAGAAUCGUUCUGUGGCAUCUCGAUACAAGGGGUUUCAGUAAAGAUUUUGAUCCGUGCAUCGACCAGAUUGUCCUCGCAACGUUAGACAUUUACAAGGAGAGCUUGAGUAAUCUGCUACCAACGCCCGCGAAAAGUCAUUACAAGUUUAAUCUGCGAGAUUUCUCCAGAGUGAUCCAGGGAGUGCUUCUAUCCGUUCCGGAGGCUAUGCCUGCCCUCUCAAAUAUGAAGCGAUUAUGGGUCCACGAGAUACUUCGCGUAUUCGGCGAUCGUUUGAUCGACGAGACAGAUAUAAAGUGGCUGGUGAAUCAAGUAGCUGGUACACUGAAAGAACGCAUGGAAGUCUCAAUAGAAGAGCUCUUCGAGGACCUGCUGUCUAAGAAGGAAGAUGCGAGGACCAUUACCGUAAACGAGCUGCGACGAUUAAUAUAUUGCGACUUCGCCGACGCCAAGGGUGACGCCCGCUUGUACCAGGAAGUCAUGGACCUCGAGCAAUUGCGAGAUAUCGUGGAGACGUAUCUUAACGAGUACAACUCAAUGACGAAGAAGCCCAUGAAUCUGGUGUUGUUCCGGUUCGCAAUCGAGCAUCUGUCGAAGAUAGCUCGUAUCAUCAAGCAGCCGCGAAGUCACGCUCUCCUCGUCGGAGUCGGUGGAUCCGGCAGGCAAUCAUUGACCAGAUUAGCGUCGCACAUUUGUGAUUACGAUGUGCACCAAAUCGAAAUUACUCAACAGUACGGCAGUAACGAGUGGCACGAGGACAUCAAGAAUAUCAUGAGAAAAGCCACUGCUAGCGAGCUGCAUUCAACUUUCCUCUUUAGCGACACGCAGAUUAAAGAGGAGAGCUAUUUGGAAGACAUCAGCAAUAUGCUGAAUACAGGCGAAGUGCCUAAUAUAUUUACGAACGAAGAGAAGAUCGAAAUAUGCGAGAAAAUGAAGCAGAUCGACCGACAACGGGAACGAUCGUUGCAGACGGACGGCAGUCCGGCGGCACUUUUCAAUCUGUUUGUGCAGUUCAUUCGCGAUCAGCUGCACAUUGUUGUCACCAUGUCUCCUAUCGGUGAUGCCUUCAGAAAUCGCAUCAGGAAAUUCCCAGCUUUAGUCAACUGUUGCACCAUUGAUUGGCUUCAACCAUGGCCAGGAGACGCCUUGCUGGCUGUUGCGACGAAAUUUUUAUCCGCGAUCGAACUCACUGACAAUGAGAGGAGCGCCUGUAUCGACAUGUGUCAGUUUUUCCACAUGUCCACUCAGAAAAUGAGCGAGGAAUUUUUAAUUCGCCUGAAUCGACACAAUUACGUGACGCCUACUUCUUAUCUCGAGAUGAUCAACACUUUCCAGACGUUGCUCGGAAAAAAACGCAAUGAUGUAUUGCAUGCCAAAGCUCGAUACGAAGGCGGACUGGGUCAAUUAGAUAGCACGCAGCAUCAAGUGACGGAGAUGCAGGACACGUUGAUACAAUUGCAACCGAAAUUAGUCGCGGCCACGCAGGACGUUCAGAAGAUGCUCGCCAAUGUCGAGAAAGAGAGUCAGGAAGUGGCGGAAUUUGAGAAAGUAGUCAAAGUCGACGAAACCGCGGCACAAGAAGUAGCAAAUGAAGCAGCUGCGAUAAGAGCCGAAUGCGAUGCCAAUUUGGCCGAAGCCAUGCCUAUUUUAAAUCGUGCUCAAUCUGCGCUGGAUACAUUAACAUUGGCAGAUAUCGCGGUUGUAAAAACGAUGAAAUAUCCACCGUAUGCCGUGAGGCUUGUAAUAGAGAGCGUCUGCGUUCUCAAGCAAGUAAAACCGGAAAGAGUGCAGAAGGAAGGUGUAUACGUUGAAGAUUACUGGAAGGUUGCUUUGAGAGUUCUCAGCGACGUCAAAUUCUUAGACUCGCUACUUUAUUUCGAUAAAGACAACAUACCAGAAGAAGUAAUAACCAAGAUACGGAAGGAUUAUUUGACCAAUCCGGACUUCGAUCCGGAAAAGAUGAAGAAAGUAUCGACAGCUUGCGAGGGACUGUGCCGCUGGGUCAUCGCAAUGUCCGAGUACGACGAAAUCGCGAAAAUUGUCGCUCCUAAGAAACGAGCAUUGGCGGAAGCCGAGCAAACCUACCAAGUGGCUAUGGAGAAGUUAGAAUUGAAGAGAGAACAAUUGCGCCAAGUAGAAAAAAGAUUGCUGGACCUUCAAGAGACUCUAAGUCAAAGGAAAGCGGAUUUCCAAGCGAUGUCAGAUCAAGUGGCAGAUUGUGAGAUGAAAUUGAAGCGGGCUGAGGAUCUCAUCGGAGGAUUGGGCGGAGAGUACAUGCGUUGGUCCCAAUCCGCCAAAGAAUUGGGCGAAAAAUAUUAUCGACUAACAGGCGACAUAAUAAUCGCCUCUGGCAUAGUGGCUUACUUGGGCCCAUUUACAAUGCCGUUUCGCGUGCAACAAGUGAAGGAGUGGGUGGAGUUGUGCACGAAACUGCAAGUGAUUUGCAGUCAAGAUUUUCAACUGCGCGACAUACUUGGCGAUCCAGUUCUGAUUCGAUCCUGGAACAUCGCUGGCCUGCCCGCCGACGCGUUUUCUAUUGACAACGGCAUCAUCGUCGUGAAUGCCAGGAGAUGGCCGCUGAUGAUAGACCCGCAGAGUCAGGCUAAUAUAUGGGUAAAAAAUAUGGAGAAGGAAAACAACUUGAGCAUUAUUCGGUUGACGCAACAUGAUUACAUGAGGAUCUUAGAGAACGCUAUACAAUUCGGACAACCGGCACUACUCGAAAACGUGGAGGAGAAAUUGGAUGCUGUUCUUGAACCGAUACUUCUCAAGCAGACGUUCAAACACGCCGGCGCAAUAUGUAUAAAACUGGGCGACGCGAUAGUAGAAUAUAAUACGAAUUUUAGGCUGUACAUCACGACAAAGCUGAGGAAUCCUCAUUAUUUGCCAGAGAUAGCCGUGAGAGUGACUUUGCUGAAUUUUAUGAUAACACCGAGUGGUUUGGAAGAUCAGUUGCUUGGUAUCGUAGUUGCGAGGGAAAGACCCGACCUGGAAUCGGAAAAAAAUGUCCUAAUCGUACAGAGUGCGGCUAACAAAAGAAUGCUAAAGGAGACAGAAGAUAAAAUCUUGGAAGUACUGUCCGCGGAAGGUGAUAUCUUGGAGGAUGAGGAGGCUAUCGAUGUUCUAACAUCGUCUAAAAAUUUGAGCGAUGAUAUUCAAGUGAAGCAGGCGGCCACGGAAGCUACCGAAAAGUCGAUCGACGUCGCGAGAUUGCAGUACAAACCCAUCGCCGUCUAUUCGACUGUACUCUUCUUCACGAUAGCGUCGUUGGCCAAUAUAGAUCCAAUGUAUCAAUACUCGUUAGUCUGGUUCGUGAAUCUUUACAAUAUAGCCAUCACGAAUACGGAACCAGCCGAGAACGUUGAACAACGUCUGAAGGACCUGACAAAAUAUUUCACAUAUUCUCUUUACGGCAAUAUCUGCAGAUCGCUGUUCGAAAAGGAUAAAUUGUUGUUUGCGUUGCUUCUCGUCAUCAAUUUACGCGAUACCAGCGAUACGCCCGAAUUUGCGAGCCAGUGGUUGUUCCUGUUAACCGGGGGGGUAGGUUUAGAGAAUCCGUACGUCAAUCCAACAGAAUGGUUGCCCGUCAAACAAUGGGACGAACUGUGCAGACUGAACAGUAUCGCAGGAUUCGAGAGCAUUAGAGAAUUAUUUUCAAAGAACCUCGACGAAUGGAGGAAACUAUUCGACUCGAAGGAGCCGCAGAAGGAGUCUUUCCCGGCGCCGUACGAUAAACUAAAUUCACUCGAACGAAUGCUGAUAUUGCGAUGUAUUCGACCCGACAAAAUCAUACCUGCCGUGCAAGAAUUCGUGGAAGAACAACUGGGCGCGGAAUUCGUGGAGGCGCCACCCUUUGAUUUGGCAUCCUCGUAUGCGGACUCCAACUGCUGUAUUCCGUUAAUAUUCAUUCUGACUCCUGGCACCGAUCCGGCACAGACCUUGAUGGUAUUCGCCGAUGAACAGGGUUACGGUAUCAAUCGUCUCUUCUACUUAUCCCUCGGCCAAGGCCAAGGACCGAUAGCGGAAGGGUUGAUAAAGGACGGCGUGAUGCGCGGCCACUGGAUAGUGCUGCAGAACUGUCACCUGGCCAAGAGCUGGAUGCCGACACUGGAGAAGAUCUGCGAAGGCCUAAUACCCGACACCAUCCAUCCGGACUUCCGACUCUGGCUGACCAGUUAUCCGGCGGAACACUUUCCGAUAACGGUUCUCCAGAACGGCAUCAAGAUGACAAACGAGCCACCUAAAGGGCUCAGAGCCAAUAUUUUGAGAUCCUACACGAGUGACCCGAUCAGCAAUCCGGAGUUCUUCGAAGGCUGCGCUCAGGGUGACAAUUUCAAGAAGCUAAUUUACUCGUUGUGCUUCUUCCACGCUGUCGUGCAAGAGAGACGCAAAUUCGGCCCGAUUGGAUGGAAUAUCCCGUACGAAUACAACGAGACCGACCUGAGGAUCAGCGUCCUGCAAUUGAAGAUGUUUUUGGACGAGUAUGAAGACGUGCAAUUCGAGGCUUUGAGGUACCUUACGGGCGAAUGCAAUUACGGAGGAAGAGUCACGGACGAGUGGGACCGCAGAACGUUGAACACUAUUCUAGCAAAGUUCUAUUGUCUAGAACUAUUAGAGGAUAAGUUGUACUACUUCGACGAAACAUCCACUAUAUAUUACUGCCCAAUUGUCAGAGAAUACGAAACGUAUCUCUCGUACACGAAGAACCUUCCGAUAAUCACCGCACCAAGUGUAUUCGGGAUGCAUGAAAACGCCGAUAUUUUUAAGGAUCAGCAAGAGACAGAGUUGCUAUUCUCAUCGCUUCUACUUACUCAGGAUCGAACGGAUCUUUGGAAAAUUAAGGAAGCCGUCAAAUCCGGCAUAAGACAAACUUCCGACGACGAUGUGGUUUACAACAUCGCCACAGAAAUAUUGGAGAAAUUACCGAAUGAUUACGAUCUCAUCACAGCACUUGAGAAAUAUCCAACGUUGUACAGUCAAAGUAUGAACACUGUAAUAGUGCAAGAAAUGAGCAGAUUUAACAAAUUAUUAGUCUGUAUCAGAAGUAGCCUCAAUAAUAUACGGAAAGCUAUCAAAGGUGUAAUUGUGAUGUCUUUCGAGCUUGAAGAUAUUUAUGAGGCGAUUUUAACAAGCAGAAUGCCCGCUUUGUGGAAACAAAAUUCUUAUCCGUCCUUAAAACCUCUGGGAAGUUACAUCAGUGAUCUUCUACAACGUUUAAUGUUUUUACAAAAGUGGUAUGAUGAAGGACCACCUAUCACGUUCUGGUUACCAGGAUUUUACUUCACCCAAGCGUUUUUAACUGGAAUACGACAAAAUUAUGCGCGAAAGUAUCAAAUUCCCAUAGAUCUUCUCGCGUUUGAUUUCAUAAUCCUGAAAGAAACUGUUUUCGAGUCCGCUCCCGAGGAUGGUGUUUACAUCUGGGGUUUAUUUUUGGACGGCGCGAGAUUCGAUAUGAAGAAUAUGAUUGUAGAAGAAAGCUUUCCUAAAGUGCUUUAUGACAAUGUACCUUACAUACAGCUAGUACCGUCGAAGAUGCAGGACAUCGCAGGAAGAUGCUUGUAUGUUUGCCCUCUCUACAAAACCAGCGAACGUCGUGGGAUAUUAUCCACUACUGGUCACUCCACCAAUUUCGUUAUAGCCAUGUGGUUACCUACAAUAAAGCCACCUGAACACUGGAUUAUAAGAGGAGUUGCCAUGCUUUGUCAACUCAGUGAAUAAAAGAAAUACGUUCAAAGUAAGCUCUCCAUGUCCUCUGAAUAGUUUUAGCAGCCCGAUUUCGCUUGAAGAGCUCCAGUUUCUCAGUAAAGAUUUUCAUCAGAGCAAUUUCCCGCUCUGUUUUGAGUUGAGUAUACAGCGUCC